AUGAGUAUCCGGAUAAACGCCACAGUCAGCGAAGCCCGAGCGGCCUCAGGACAUUCAAAAGAGCAAUGGGAUCGCUUUUAUUUCAUCACGAAAGACGAAGCCAAGCAGCUCUCAGAAACGCAUCCGGCCUGGACAAGAUGGAUACUCAUACCUGCGAACGAGAAGGAUAUGAUGUUGCAACGGAUAAACAGUCGACUGAUAGCAGAGGGCAUACCGGCAGUAGAGAUGAUUAUUUUGAAGUGGCGGGUGUCGCAGCUGUUAAGAGACAUCCAAAGGAAAUACGGUACGUUGUGCGCGACCAGCCUCGAAGUGCGUUUCUUUUGUUUGGUAGAUCGAUGUUACUGCAGGGAAGCUAAUCAUUUUGUUUGCACAGCCGAAGGUAGCAUGAUCUCAGGGAUGGGAGGGUCGAACACUGGAGGUCAAGCUCAAACCCAGACGCAAGCAGAAAGCAGCACACAACAAUCGCAAAGCCCUCAACAGUCCGACUCUUCGCCAAGCGACGCACGAAUGUACGAUCCAAUACGAGACGUAUAA